AGUCUCUCGCUCACUUGUGAAUUAGAGUAGCACUAGGUAGGGAACAUACCUCCAGCCACAGGCUUUCUGGGAAAUGGAGCUCAGUUCUGGCAUUCAGAAGAUGUCGGUGGGACAACAACCAGCAGGAAAGGGGGCUUCCUGUAAGAGGAGCAAAGCAAACUGCUCCGGGUUCCAGCCUCACUCCUGGAGAAAACAAUGUGAGAGCUGCCAGUGCCCCCGUGAAGACCAUUUUUUGCCCUCUGACUUAGAAGAGGACUGCCGGAUAGGACACCUGCUUUCAGACUCUCGCUACUCAGGGCUGACAGCACGGAUGAAAGGGGUAGAAGGUGCACGUGUCUACAAAAGAAAUCGCAUGAUCAUCACCAACCCCAUAACCUCUGGGAAGGAUCCCACUUUCCUCACUGUCACUUAUGAGUGGGCACCCCCUGGACUUAACCAGAAACUGGCAAUGCAGUACAUGGAGCUAAUUCCUAAGAAUAUGCAGCCUGUCGCUGGAACUGAAGGGGCACGUUAUCGCCGCGUGCAGCUCUUGAGACAGUUACCCCCCUAUGAUCAUAACCCAGAUCUUUGCCAAGGGCUAUCUGAACUGGAUAGAACUGCAAUGCAAGACUUUGUGAAGAGGUACAAGGAGCAGGCGCUGGGAGUUGCUGAAGUGGCUCUGCCUUGUAGUGCAAAGCAGCAGGUGGAAAAAGAUGGCAGCAAAAGUAAAGAGACAAAUGGAACAGCUAAGGAAGCCUUUGAGAAGAACGAAUAUUUCUGUGAGAUGUGCCAGCAGCCUCUGUCAAGAGAUGCCCCUGCAGUCUAUGCUGAACGUGCUGGCUUUGACAAGCAGUGGCACCCUGCCUGCUUCAUGUGCUGCCAAUGCAGGGAGCCUCUGGUGAACCUGAUCUAUUUCUGGAAGAACAAAUCUCUGUGGUGCGGACGCCACUAUUGUGAGAGCGAGAGGCCCCGGUGUGCAGGAUGUGACCAGAUCAUCUUCUCAGAGGAUUAUGAGCAGGUAGACAGCAGUUACUGGCACCCACACCACUUCUCUUGUACUGGUUGUGAUCAGACACUCACUGGAAAGCCUUACACGUUGGAAAAAUCUCAGCCUCUGUGUGACCCGUGCAGCCAUUCCAAAGGAGCACACUGACCAAGUGUCAAGAUCAAAAUCAAGGAGGUUUUCAAUCCAAGUUCCUGGGUUGUGGCAUAAAGAAUUCAUCUCUAGUUCCUUAUAAUUUAUGUGCACAGUAGCCAGGACCCAAGUCUUGUGCCAUUCUAGAGACUGACUUAAUUCCUUCUAAUCAUCUUGUUCUGCCAUCGCUAGAAUUAACUCAGCUGUGGUGCAUUAUUAGGCUUCUGCAAGGGUAUCAGUGGCUUCUGCAAUGGUAUCAGUGGCAUAGGAAAUUGCAAGUACCACUGAGCUACUACUGUAAUUGAAGAUUUCCUGAAAGGUAUUUUUAACCAGUGGUACUCUCAUUAGUUGGGUAUUGUUGCCCAGUAACAGCCCAUAUGUGUAUGGAUUACUGGAAUACUAACAUAUAUUUAUUUUUGUAAAUUUUUAUUGUGUGAAAUAUUUUGACAUUGUUUUAGUUGCUACUAUAUUUUGCUGACAUAUUACUUACAUAUGAAUAGCAUCAGAAAUCAAGUGAAGUUAUUCUACCAUAUGGUAACUGUCCCAAUCACCCCAAUAAAAAAUAUUAUUUAUUAAAUUAGCUUUAGGUUACACAAAACCCAUUGACCCACCGUGAUCAAGACCUCGUUCCAGUUGACCCGCUAGUAUAGUGAAGCAGCUGACCUAAAUUUCUCAUAAUCAUCAUGGAUAACCCACCCCAUACUCAAUAUCGCUUCUGGAGUCACAAAAUUAGACCUAAUGUCCAAUUAUAGCAUCAUGUGCUCCCAACAUGACCACCAUCAGAAACGGAUUUAUGACAUUUUACAUUCCAGGUGACUUAAUUGACAUUUAUCAGCACAAUUUACAGCACAAUAAUGGUCAUGUAAUGAUGUAAUAUGCCUUGUAUACCUGUAUAUUUGCUGGAAAGCUGAUGGGAGCGGUGGAAUGUGAAAGAUUAUAAACAGAUGAAAAUGAAAAGGAGAGGAAGAAGAGACAGAAGCAGGCAAGACAAAUAGGAAAGAGAUGAGCAAAUAGAGACACAAAAAGUAAGGAGCUCAGAAAGGUAGAAGUUGAGGAAGUGCAAGACUUGCGUCACACAUGCUAUUUUUGGAGUGGAUUUAAUUACAAAAUGCAUAGGUGUCUUUUUGUACCAACGUCCACCCUAUAUGGGCACUGACAAGGUGAUUCAUUGCUUGUCAUUGGAUACUAGAGUUAAAGGAGAAGGCAGUAGAUCAGUAUUCUUCAGCACCAUCUUUACUCCAGAUGAGAAAAAGCCACGUGUAUCAUUAACCUAAAAUAUAACAGUGACAGAAAGGAGAAAGCAUAGAAGAAACAAAUAUAUUAUAACCCCAUAAGAAGGGAAUAAAAAUGGCAAAUCAAGAAAGAACAAGGCUGGUUAUUGGGCCUUCUGUAAAGGUUUCGGGUUGGGUCGCUGUUAUUUAGAAAUUAUCACAAGAUGUUGGUGCCAUUUUAAGACAUAUGUUCAUAAUAGUUAGCACCACCUAAUGGUAGGAUUUACCUGGAGUGUCUCACAAUUGUCCAAGUGUGUAGCAAAGCCAAGGAUAAGCUGGUACACUGCAGUCCUUGAUGUUAAUGUUAACAAAUCCAGUGGGGUUGAAGGUUGAAUAAGAGUGCAAAGGCCCUUAAUAGGAGGGAUGUUGGUCUCUAGGCUUCCUUACAUUUGUAAAAGAUAAUUCCUCUUCCUUAAAGGAGUUUGAAAUCUCCAUGGGGUUCACAACUCAUUGUGCCAGUUGCUUCCUCUUUCUCCCAAGAACUCACAGACACACAACCGUCUUGGAACAUACUCCCUAAAUUACCCAUUGACUUUUUACGCACUCCUCCCCUCAGAAAGAGGAUGCUAUUUCAUCUCACUGCCUAAUAAUGGUCUGUAGGUGUGCAGAAGUAGACAAGGUAUGACAGGAAAGUAGGGGAUGGAGCUUCCAUAUUGAAAUGUUUUGGAUUCAGCAGGCAGAAUAAGGCCUCUAAGAGCUGUAACAAGAUUGCUAAUUUAACCCUUCUGUAACACAUGGCACUGAAUCACCCACAUGAAAUAAAGUUAUACAGUGAAUACAAGAUAACUAGCAUAUUAGUCCAUGACACCAUUUUUAAGCCAUUUGAAUCCUUCAAGGUCAGCUUCCAAACCUGGAAAUCUCUUGUAAGAAUUUUUUGCCGUUUCGCUAAUUUUUUGGCGAACCGAAACGGGAGAAAUUCGUCCAUCACUAGUAAGAUGGACUGUUCUUCACAAAAGAUAUCCACUGCAGAGAUUUUCCUUCCAAGAGCAGCACAUUGGUCUGUGUCAAUCCAUUAGAAGAGAAGAAGGGUUUCUAUUUUCCCUACAAGAUGACAACUUAUUUUUCAUUAAUGAUCAUUUUAUACAUGAAUCACCUGGGAUAAAACAACACAUCAUCAAUUUACUCAAUGCAAAGCAAAGAAAAGCAUUUGCUCUGUACACGACAAGCCUUGAAAAUGUGUUAGCUCUGGGACCUGUGCGUCUCUUAAAUUCUAUAUAUCUAUCUGGACAAACAAACAAAAAAAGGAAAUUGAAUUAGAAAGGUGCUUCUUUUGUUUUCUCUCCUAUAUGAAAGAUCGAUUUUGUGAGAUUAAUAUAACUGACAAGACAUUGGAUAAAAUGCUGCUUCAAUAAAAAUGCUUUCAUGUUCUAA